AAUGAGAGUGCACGCGGCGCGGCCGUCUCGAGGAGGCGUGCGCGCGCUCGAGGGGCUGCGGUCCCAUUGACUAUUCCGUCUCCCUGACAGCGGCAGCAUCAGCAGCAGCGCGAGCUCGGAAAACAGAGCGCCGCGCGGACUCCGCCUUUGCUCCCAUCAUCCCGCCCGAGUGCCCGAGCACCGAGGCGGCUUCGGCAGCAAGCGCAAGACCCCCCUCGUCGACUCGCACUUAUCCUCCGGAUCAGAUAUGGACUACCCUUAACUGGACCUGGAGGGGAGAGGCAGGCGGGCGGGCGGGGGUGGGGAGAGAGACAGGAGAAAAAGCCGUAUAGGAAGAGAAGCACAACCGUGGGUGCCCGCCGCAACGAUGAACGGUUCGCCACGCUCGCGACAACCGCAGAUAAGCCAUCGGACUAUGUCCUGAAUAGCGGUUUACAUAGCUGGGAUUGUGCACCGAUCUUACAGGGGUAAAAUAUGUCCGCCUCGGUGGGGCCCCGCGGCGGCCCUCGCCCACCCACAACGCAGAGCUCCAUGCCCGAUCUACCGGACCUCAGUCACCUCACCGAGGAGGAGAGGAAAAUUAUCAUGGCUGUGAUGAUUCGGCAGAGGGAGGAAGAGGCAAAGGAUGAGGCCAUGCUCAAAGAGGAAAAACCCAUACAAGCAAAAACGGUGAACCUGGUCGGAAACAAGAAACCACCUCAGCAGAACGACAUCAGUUUGCACCAGCAGUUUGCCAACUACAAGGAGCAGGUGAGGCGGAUUGGGCCGGAGCCCCCCCAACAGAGGCAGCAGGGCCAACACAAGGAUGACGCCCCCACCUGUGGCAUCUGCCACAAGACCAAGUUUGCUGAUGGCUGCGGAAACCUGUGCUCCUACUGCCAGACUAAGUUCUGUGCCCGCUGCGGGGGAAGGGUCUCUCUGCGCUCCAAUAACAAGAAAGAGGACAAAGUGGUAAUGUGGGUAUGUAACAAGUGCCGAAGGCAACAGGAUAUGCUCACUAAAUCAGGAGAGUGGUUUCCCAGUCCUGGGCCCAAGGCUGGAGAGCUUGGGUCAGCAGUGAGUGAACCGGCCAUGUGUGGAGAUGCCGUUGGGGAGAAGAAAGUGCGCUCUAGAUCUCAGAACCCUCUCGACUCCUCCGUUUCCACUGCCCAUGACACCCAGCCACAUGCCCCGACCGACCCCAGAAAAGGCUCUUCCACUGGCCCAGCCGAUAUGUCGUCAUUGCGCUCACGCAGUGAGCCUCCACAAGAAAGAAAAAAGACACCAGCAGCCUCUGAUCAGAAUGGCAAGCUAGGGCCAAGAGGUGAGAGGCUGCGAGGCCUAUCCAAAAUCCACUCCGAGGAGCGAGAUACUGGAGAAAAUCGGAGAGAAAGCCGAAGACUGAUGAAGACUCGCUCUCAGGAGCACGACAGUCCUGAGACUAGGAGGACUGAGACGGAGCAGAAACCACCCAGGGAACAGUGCAGGACUGACCCAAAUGCUCCUCAUCAUCCGGCCAAACUCCGGCCGGCGGAGCCUGAUGGACGUAUGCAUCCUAAGCCGAGGGAGGCAGGGGAGAUGGUGCAGGACAACAGAGGUGCACGGAGAUGGGCAGAUGGGCGGCAGGCCUCGCUGGAGGGCCAGCAGCAGGUCUACGCCCCAGAGAGGACCGCGGGGGGUACAGGUGUGCAAGGUGCACCUGUUGUGCAGGGUCCUCCUCCAAAAAUGAACCACACCCCACAGCCGCCAGCUCCGGGGUUCAGGGUGGGCCCUGCCAUGCCCGCAGGCCCACCUGAGCUCAGGGAGCCUCAGGAAUGGGACAGGAAGUUGCAGCCGAGUCAUCUGGACCCCGGUUCGGCUGCGCUGUUGCGGAAAUCGAAACGACAAAAAGCAGAGAGCAUGCUGCGCAAUGAUUCGCUCAGCUCUGACCAAUCGGAAUCUCUACGACCGCCCCCGCCCCGCCCCUACAAGAGCAAACGGGGAGGAAACAAGAGACAGAUGUCUGUCAGCAGCUCAGAGGAAGAGGCGGGUUCGACACCGGAAUACACCAGCUGUGAAGAUGUGGAGAUCGAGAGCGUCAGUGAGAGAGGGGACUGGGAGUGCUGUCCAUUGGACCCCACUGCGUGGCAUCAUCCAGUUACAUGGCAGCCCUCCAAGGAAGGUGAUCAUUUAAUUGGCCGAAUCACUUUGAGCAAGCGAUCAGCCAUGCCAAAAGAGGCUGGGGCUCUGCUAGGGCUAAAGGUGGUCGGGGGGAAGAUUACAGAAACUGGGAGACUUGGGGCCUUCAUCAUCAAAGUCAAGAAAGGUAGUUUAGCUGAUGUGGUGGGUCAUCUACGGGCCGGUGAUGAGGUGCUUCAGUGGAAUGGUAAAUCAUUACCUGGAUUAACCAAGAAAGAAGUUUACAAUAUCAUCUUGAAUUCCCAAACGGAACCACAAGUUGAGUUAAUAGUAUCAAGGCCAAUAGGUGAUAUACCACGAAUACCAGAAACAUCACACCCUCCAUUAGAAUCUACAGGUUCAAGUUCCUUCGAAUCACAGAAGAUGGAAAGACCCUCUAUAUCUGUCUUGUCCCCAUCUAGCCCAAGUGGUCUUAGAGACGCCCCUCAGCUACUGCCCGGACAGCUGUCGGUGAAAAUGUGGUAUGACAAAGUCGGCCAUCAGCUGAUAGUGAACGUAUUGCAGGCUAUAGAUCUGCCACCCAGAUCAGAUGGACGACCCAGAAACCCCUAUGUCAAAAUGUACUUCCUGCCCGAUAGAAGCGAUAAGAGCAAAAGAAGGACGAAGACGGUAAAGAAAAGUCUGGAGCCCAAGUGGAACCAGACAUUUGUGUACUCUCAUGUCCAUCGCCGGGAUUUCAGAGAACACAUGCUGGAGAUUACUGUGUGGGACCAACCCAGAAUACAAGAUGAGGAGAGCGACUUUCUGGGAGAAAUCCUAAUUGAGCUGGAGACUGCCCUGCUGGAUGACAAACCUCAUUGGUACAAGCUGCAGACACAUGACGUCUCUUCCAUCCCACUGCCGAACCCAUCUCCAUACCUGCCCCGCAGACACGGACAAACAGAAACACCCACCAAAAAGCUCCAGCGCUCGCAGCGUAUUACAGAAACUGAUUAUGAUGAUGGUAUUGGUGUAGUCGCCACAGCUACAGAAAACCGAUCAAGAGAAAGAGACAGAGAAAGAGAACGGGACAGAGACAGAGACCGAGACCGAGCAACAACAUUAGAGGUUCCAGACCAGACCAGGCCAACUCAGUAUCGCUCUCGGUCCGUGUCCCCACACAGAGACGAAGAGAGUAGGGGACGGUCCCGUCCAGCCAACGUCCCCGCACAGAGGAGUCUGGAUGAGGUCCAGCACAGCCGGCGAUCCCGUUCCCCGACACGCUACCACGAUCGUGCCCGUGUGGAAGAGAGAGAUUACGUAGAUGACAGUGAGGUCAUCUUGAUACACAGAUCAAUGCGGGGUAGAAGCGCAGAGUGUCUGCACACCCAAAGUGAUCUACAGCCAUCUCUUGACAGGGUUAGAAGUGCUAGUACCAACUGUCUGAGACCAGGUUCUAAUUCCAAUUCACCUGAACGAGACAGGAGCACCCAGUCUCUGCCCCGUACCAGACCCACGAGCCCCAGGAUCCUAAUUCAGCAUGCCUCCCCAGAAGACGACAGCUGGGUUUUGGAGGCUAUGUUCCCCGCUCAGGAGACAGUACACCACCUCAGUGCAAAGCCAGACGCACAGAGGCAGUCGAGAACUCUGGACAAGCCUAGCUGUCAGAAACUUGGCAAGAGAAUAUCUGACAGUGAGCGGGUGCAGCCGCACUCCAGCCCCGCAUUUUCCUCAUCAACAGCGGCCCCUUCCUCGACACGCAAGGUUAGACAGCUUCCCCAGGUCCCCGCCAAAAGCAGCAGUGUAGAGCAAGCUCUCGCUUCAGAGGAGCGAACGCGGCAAAUGAAAGUACGUACCUUCCGAACAGCAGCUCCAUCCAGUACCAGCCAGGAUCUGGAGAGGACGCUCAAGAAUAAAAGAGAGCUUUAUAAGGAGCAGCGACGGAGCUGUGACAAUGUGUCCCAUAAGUCCUCAGACAGUGAUGUCAGUGACGUGUCAGCCAUCUCUCGCGCCAGCAGUGCCUCGCGGAUCAGUAGCACCAGCUACAUGUCCAUUCAAUCAGAACGACCCAGGGGUCGCUUUAGCCGUCAUAUUCGUCCAUCCAGCCGCAGCAUGCUGAAGAGUACGAGCGUUAGUGGGGAAAUCUACACUCUGGAGCGUACGGAUGGCAGUCAGUCGGACACGGCUCUGGGAACACUGGGAUCGGGAGGGAAAAAGCGCAGAUCCAGCCUUAGCGCACGUGUAGUCGCCAUCGUGGGCAUUCCCUCCCGCCGCAGCAGGAGCACCUCUCAGCUCAGUCAGACAGAAGCAGCCAACAAGAAAGCAAAGGGAUCCAGUCAGAUCCAGCGCAGUCAGGAGACGGGAAUGGCAGUGGAGUAUCCCCGCAACGUCAUGGCUCGCCAAGCCAGCCGAGAGUCCACUGAUGGCAGCAUGAACAGUUACAGCUCUGAGGGCAAUCUGAUCUUCUCAGGGAUGAGGUUAGGGGCUGACAGCCAGUUCAGUGACUUCCUUGAUGGUCUUGGCCCUGCUCAGUUGGUGGGUAGACAAACUCUUGCCACUCCUGCUAUGGGAGAUGUUCAGAUUGGACUGAUGGACAAGAAAGGGCAGCUGGAAGUGGAGGUUAUCAGGGCCCGUGGUCUUACACCUAAACCAGGUUCCAAGUCGCUGCCGGCUCCCUAUGUCAAGGUCUAUUUGCUGGAAAACGGAGCGUGCAAAGCCAAAAAGAAAACCAAGAUUGCACGAAAAACGCUUGAUCCCUUGUAUCAGCAGUCGCUGCUGUUCGAGGAAAGUCCGCAGGGUAAAGUUCUCCAGGUAAUAGUCUGGGGAGAUUACGGCCGCAUGGACCACAAAUGUUUCAUGGGAGUCGCCCAGAUUUUUUUAGAGGAGCUGGAUCUUUCUAGCACAGUGAUCGGUUGGUACAAACUGUUUCCCCCUUCAUCAUUGGUCGACCCGACGUUAGCUCCUCUCACUCGUCGCGCUUCCCAGACCUCGCUGGACUCUUCAGGGCCACCAGGCAUCAGGUCCUAGUGAACGGACAGGGAAACGCACGACCCCAGUGGACCAAGGACCCGAGGCAACAAUCAGAACCAGAGCGGCAGAUAAAGAGACAGAUGGACAGAAUCAUGAUCAAAGCUUUGCUGAAGCCUGACAAUCACUUCUCUCUUUUACUUUUGAUCUUUGGGUUGUAGAGAUUUCCUUUGAUCCACUCUGCUCCUUUACUGCAUGUUUUGUUGCUGAUUCGACCCAAAUAAAAAAAAGAGAAGGAAGGGAGAGGCAGCCGAAACGCGAGCCCACAGUGGCGCCGGUAGCCUAGAUCGCUCUGGUCAGUCAGCGCAUUUAUUUUCUCACGUGUUGGCGAGAGUGAGAGGACAGCACUGCCCCUCCUCUAUAUUGCACUUUCAGGAAUUCCCUCUGCUGAAAGACCAGAGGUUGAGGGUUAAAGGUCAAGAUUUAGUCUUCUCAGAGAGUUACCUCUCUGCAUCACGGAUGCUGCAUCCGAGGCCCCGCCGUGUGCCGGUCUGGCACGAACUCAGACUCAGAUUGUGUGACUGUGGUGCGCGUGUGUGUGUGUGCGAGAGUGCGUUUGCAUCGAAGAAGGCAAGGAGACGCCUGAGAACCUUUUAAGUCUGUUUACAGCAGUCGCCGUCGACUGCUUUGCCUUUUCACGUUAAUGUUGAUUUGGUAAAUAGGCACACUUUGUAGAAUGUGAAAACAUGCUUCAUGUUUUCUGACGUUUGUGUCAUACGAGCUUCACGGACGACACAAAACCACUUGUAUUCGAUUCACCGGGACUGUAAGAAGCUGCCACUUUCAUUUAACAAGAAAACAUUAGCUCACUAGCACGUUGGAUUUCCAGGUUUCACGCGUUCACGAAUCCUAUCUUACAGGCAUUUCCGAGCACUUUUAAUUCAGUUCCGUUUGGUAAAGGACCUGUACAUACCGAUAUUAGAAUUUCUACCCGACUAGAGUUUACAUUAUUUUAAUGCAAGCACAAAUGCUUGAUUUUUUUUAACAAAAAAAAAAAGAGAAAAAGUUCAAGCUUUUGGGGAUUAAAACUAAUCGAAAAAAAGAGGCCAAAAUCGAAAGCUUCCUGUUUUAGCGGUUUGCCAUCAGUUUAGUUGAUUAUAAAAGCAAUCUCACAGAUCCCCCCUGAGCAUUUUGAAUGUGACAAUGAGACGUUCCAACAAAGGGAACAGACGCCACCAAUGAGGGGAACAGCAUGAAUCUGGAACUGUUCCAAGUUGCAUGCACAUUUUGUAAAACAAGACAGAUGAGAAAAAAAGAGACUACAAUAAGUGUGUGUUAGUUCCACAAACUGUAGGCCAGCUUGUAUGUUGCAUGUACUUGUACAGUUUGCUUGUACUUGAUAUAAAUAGAUUAUCAAAUAAAACGAAGCCAUUCAUUCCAUGUGUGGGCAUUUGGCCGGGUUCAGCCAUACACACAGGCCUUAUUUUGGGGCUGAAUGUCUAUAAGAAUUUUUGAAUCGUUUGAUUUCCUUUUCUUUUUUCUUUUUUUUUUUAAACCCUGGAUGGAUAAAUAAGUGCUGUACUGUAGUACUGAGCAAACACAAGGCCCUAUUUUAUUGAAGAUGUCGCUGUUCACUGUAGUCUGUACUACUGUGGGGCUAAAACUAAGGUAGAUAAUCUGUAUAAAAACUAGAGCUAUCUGUAUAUGGAAUAUAAUUAUGAAAAUCACAAUGACUUAGAGAUAUAUCGAUAUUGAAACAGAGUGUAUCAAGUAAACAUCACUUACGUACAUGCAUAUAUUGUAAAUACGAGUCUGCAAAGAGGUUUACUUAUAUUUACAAAGCGGCCCCAUUCGAGUUAAUGGAUCAGUGCUCUGUCUCUUGGUUCUGCUGAGCGGAAGAAGGGAUGCCUCCAAAGUUUUAUUUUAGUGAUGCCCAAUCUGACGAGAGAAAUUUGGACCUCUAUUGACUUGUUGCGUUACCAUAAAUGCUCACGAAUCCUCGUUUCAAAGAGAAGUUUACUUUCUAUGCCUGGUUACGGCAGACUUAUUUACUUUGUCAGUAUUAUUCAAGGAUACUGAUUGUUUACAGUUCGUGUGUUCCACUGAAACAAAAUUGAAAGUAUUCACUGCAACAUUUCUUGUUUGUACAGCAGACGUGGCUCAAAUAAUGUGUAUGUUUUAUAUUCAAGAGUUCAUUUUUAUUAUUUACAAAUAAAAGACUGUGUGGAAGAAAA